UUGUUUGAACAACUGAACAUCGCGUUUCGUCGCGGGAUGAUGAAGCGGUAGAACAAAGUUGGACGCGCACUGUUCAAUUAGUUUAUUUGGUAACGCACCGGCGUCUGCACGUGAACGUUGUGGGCGUACUAUAGGGCUCACGCUCAGCGGCCGAAGAUUUAAGUUUUUUUUUUUUAUUUCUGGAUAGUGGUCGGGUGGAUUAAAUAAUUGAAAUAUGUCUCGAUUUCUCGUUGUGAUUAGUUGUGUGGUUAUAUUGUCAUGUAUAGCUGCUCUAACUACCGCUAAGCCCAUAAUGGUAACCUUUGGAACCAACAAGGGACCUAUCGUUCCAAGAUCUGCCCUACCAUCGACCCCCAUAACGGAAAGGUCUGACACCCCAACCAAACCUGCGCCCGUUUACGAAGUCAGGGAAGACACGCCUAAUCCUGAAACGUACAAACCUCUGGUGCCUCAUCAGUACAGAACGAAAUUGUUAGCCUUGAAACCAUCAAAUCUCAUUUUAGGGACGCCACUGGACGUGAAGUACACGCCAAGCGAGGAAAAAUACGAGGUGUACAAGAAAACGCAGCUGAAGUCUCUAGGAAGAACGUACGUGGGGCCUAACCUUUUCGAGAGACAGGCCUAUGAAUUCUUCGACUUCGAUAAGGGGAAGACAUUCCUUCAACCCUCGGUUAGCUACAUCAAACCCCAAGUUUUUGCGGACAAGCAGAAGUAUGUGCCGGAAAUUGGUGUUCUAUAUUCGUCUGGUGUGAGAUAUUAUGUUCCUCAAAUUUUCUAUCAAGUGGUGCCAGAUGAACACCAGACGGAAAUAGCAGAAGAGCAAGAUCAGGAGAAUUCGGUUUACGACAAGCAGGAUCAUAAAUAUUUCUAUACGACAUCUUGAGUGCAAAAAAGUUCAUCCUAGGUAUAUGACUCUACUGUAAUGAUCAAUUCAAAAGCAUCAGAAAAACAACAUUUUUUAUCCAUUCAUCUUUGACGAAACAUUUCAGGAUCAGUUAAAAAAAGUAAUUUUUACACUAAAUAUUUCAAAAUCUUUUUGCAAACUAUGCUAUCCUAAACUUUUCCGGAAUUUUCUGCCAAUAUUGACUCGAUAUUGUUCCAUGGUUCUUCCCAAAUCAGCAGAAAUCAUUUUUUACACCCUCCUUGAUAACACAUUUUUCGUUUUCUGAUAAAAAUUCCUAUUGGUUUUGUUUGUUGUCGUGAAUUAUUGAAUUCAAAAUGAAAAUAUUCGAAUUUAAACAGAAUAUGAAAAGUUUUUUCUUUUUAGCAAACUAUUUCCUUCUACAUUUCAAUGUAUCUUCCUCAUUUCUAUUUCUAUUGUGAAUUGUUUUAUUGCUUCUUCUUUCACAGAUAUAUGAUUGUUUGAUUAGGAUUUUUUUGUGCCAAUUCUGUGAUUGAUUAAUAUGAAUCUGCUAUCCAACCUGGGCCGGUGUCACAAAUCCUGAUUCUGCAAUCAAGAAUGUGAAUCCAUUGAAUUUUAUUCGAUAAAAGUAGGUUUGGGGAUCAAGGAUCUUGGCCUAAAAUAUCAACGGCUAGCUUUUCGUGAAAAAUUUCGUAUAAAAAACUAUUUGCAUAAUUUUAUUCUGAUAAGAAAGAGCUUAUCGAUGGCUUGCAGACUUGUGAUACCGGCCAUUAUUACUGUAAUAUAAUUUACAUCGUAAUUUUAGGAAUCAGUGUCAUAUUUUUAUGAUACAUGUACAUAUUUCGAAAUAAAGUUAAAGGAAGUA